UAAAACCGCCCUUUUCAUUCACACACCUUAUUAUCCGUGAGAAAUGCAUGGAUAGUCUUCUGCUGUAAGACAACAAUGAAGAUCACUUGUAUAGCCUUUGUGCUCAUCAUCCAGGCAUCACAAUGUUUGGCUUCUGAUGAUUCAUAUUUUACGCUAGUUAACAAGGACACUGGUUUUUGUUUGGUAAAUCCAUUUGAUUACUGCGAGCCAGUGCGCUGGACAACUGGUGACAGAAUUUUGGUUCUCUGGUCGAAAAAGUGCCUGGGAGUCCAAGGGAAAAGUGUGGGAAGUCAAGUAACCCUCUACGACUGUGAUGAAAAUAGUGACCUCCAAAAGUGGGAAUGCAAGAAUGAGACCGUGCUCGCCCUCAAAGGCCAAGAGCUUUACAUCGAGCUCAAGGAUGCUACCACAGCUGUUCUCUCCAGAACAAUAGGACCCAAUAGCCACCUUACAGUUUCUGGAAGCAUCUCCGAUGGUCCUUGCUCAAGAACAUACAGAGAGUAUUUCACCAUUGGAGGAAAUGCGAAUGGUAGACCCUGCAUGUUUCCCUUCUAUUACAAAGAUAACUGGUACUCAGAAUGCACAGAGCUUGACAAACAAGAAAAACGUUCUUGGUGUGCAGUUGAAACACAUUUCAACAAUGAACUCUGGGGCUACUGCCCAACAAGUUCCAAAACACACUGGAACAAACACAUUACAACGGGAGAUUAUUACCAGCUUAACACACAGUCAGCUCUGACUUGGACCCAGGCUGAAAAAAGCUGCAAACAGCAGCAUGCCUCCCUGCUGAGUAUCUCUGAUCCUCACGAGCUGGCUUAUAUCACAGCUCUACUAAGUGAAAAGGGCGCAGGACAGGGAGACACUCUGUGGACUGGGCUGGUCCUGGACUCAGAACAUGGCUGGCAGUGGACUAAUGGGAGGCCUUACCGUUAUCUGAACUGGGACUCGGGACAUCCACAUUCUAGUCCAGGACACAACUGUGGAAUUAUGAAUAGUGCUGUACAAUACUCCUGGCAAAGUUCAUCAUGCACCAAGAGACUGGGGUACAUCUGCUACAGUAAAAAGGAGGUUCCUGUUCUUCCUACUGAAGCUACUCAGCCAAGAUUUUGUUCAAGCCCUUGGAUUCCCUUUAACGGCCACUGCUUCUACCUCAACCGUACUCGGAGAACUUGGACCGAUGCUCAGAGAGAGUGCCGCAAAGAAGGAGGGGACCUAGUCAGCAUCCAAAAUGUGGAGGAACAAAGCUUUGUCAUCUCUCAACUUGGCUAUGCAUCCACUGAUGAACUCUGGAUUGGACUGAAUGACAGGAAGACAGAGGGGCUGUUUGACUGGAGCGACCACGCCACAGUCAGCUUCACCAGCUGGGAGUAUGGGAAACCUGUUGUCCGUAGUGCCCAGGAAGACUGUGUUCUCAUCAAGGGAGAGAAUGGGAACUGGGCUGACCGAGUGUGCUCCGAGAAACAUGGUUACAUUUGUAUGAAGUCGAGUGUCUCUGAGCGACCUACAGAUGAGGUGGACCAGAAUGUAGGCUGCAAAGCUGGUUGGAAAAAACAUGGUUCCUACUGCUACUUUGUAGGGACAGAGACAAAGACAUUUGAUGGCGCCAAAGAAGACUGCAAGAGUUCAGAUUCUUACUUAGCUGAUGUUUCAACUGGGGUGGAUAAUGCGUUCCUUGUCAGCUUGGUGGGGUUGAGACCUGAGAAAUACUUCUGGCUUGGCCUCUCAAACCAGAAAAACAUUGAGUUUUUUGUGUGGACCAAUACAGACAAAGUGAGAUUUACUCACUGGAACACUGACAUGCCAGGUCACCUACGUGGCUGUGUUGCCAUGACAACUGGGGUUUUUGCCGGCCUAUGGGAUGUGCUGCCCUGCACCAAUAAGGAGAAAUACAUCUGCAAACACCUGGCAGAGGGGGCAGUGGUAACCCAACCACCACCAACUGUUGCCCCUCCCAAAUGUGCAAGCGGCUGGUCCCCGGUGGCAUCAAGAAGCUACUGCUAUAAGGUGUAUGGCAAAGAUUAUGAACAAAAGACCUGGUAUGAAGCCAGAGAUUACUGCAGGGCCAUCGGAGGAGACCUGCUCAGCAUCCAUAGUGAACCGGAGUUGCGACUGAGUAAAAGCUAUUUCUCAGUCUGGAUUGGACUAAAUGCUCCUGACCCACUCACUGGUUAUGUAUGGAGUGAUGGAUCACCAGUAAACUUCCUACACUGGUUUGAUGGACAGCCAAACAAUAAAAAUAACGUGCAAUCUUGUGCUGAAUUUUAUCUGUUUGGCUGGCAUCAUAGUGGGUCUUGGAACGACUUGCACUGUGAGACGUACCGUAAUUGGGUUUGUCAAAUCCGUGCAGGGGUGACUCCAAAACCAUAUAAUGACACAGUCACUCCUGACUACAAUAAGACCUCAGACGGGUGGCUAGAAUGGGGAGGGAAUCAGUAUUUUGUAAACGAAAAGCUUAUGGUCAUGGAAGACGCUCGUCACUAUUGCAAACAGAGGCAUGGUGACUUGGUGACUAUCAACAGUGAAGCAGAAAGUGUCUUUUUGUGGAAACUGAUAUCCAGAUCCGAAAAUGAACACUGGAUAGGCCUGACAGUAGACCUUGAUGAAACCUCUCAGUGGAUGGAUGGUUCUCAAGUGGCGUUUCUAAGGUGGGAUGAAGAUCAGCCAAAGUUCAAGAAUUAUGAUGAGAACUGUGUUGUCAUGGAAAGUUAUCAUGGGUUCUGGCAUGAUUAUGAUUGUGGGAACGAAUUCAGGUCCAUUUGUAAACGCAGUAGCUCAGCACCUGUCAACACCACUGUGGCACCUACAGAGGCCCCUAAGGGUGGCUGCACACCUGGAUGGAAAAAAUUUAAGUCUAAGUGUUACAAGAUCAUUAAGAAUCAGAAUGUAACAUGGGAUGAGGGGAGGAAACAAUGUCGAAGUAUGGAUGGAAAAUUGGUCUCUAUUCCCUCGAGACAUGAGCAAGCGUUUCUUGUGACUGAAAUGGCUGCCACACCUUCUUCAGAUUUCUGGAUUGGUUUGCGCUAUCUACAUAGUGGCCAACUUUCUUGGAUUGAUGGAAGAGCAAGGAAAUAUUUAAAUUUAAACCGUCGUGAUCGCUUCUAUUGGGCCUUUAGAAGAUAUAAGGGGUGGUUCCCUAGCUACAUUUAUACCGACAGGUGCGCUGUGAUCAGUGGCCAAACUGGUGCUAUUGGGAAAUGGAUCUUAAAGUCAUGCAAUGACACCAAUGAUUUUAUCUGUCAUCGAAAUGUUGACCCUGCUCUCCCAGAUGACCCUGAACCAACAAGGACUGAAUAUGUCAAAAUAGCGAAUGACUCUAUCAAGGCUGUUACUCAACAAAUGACUUGGGAUGCAGCCAAGAAGUAUUGUGAAAAUGAUGGCGCGAAACUUAUUAGCAUACGUAAUGAGUGGUCACAAGCCUAUCUUGAGCUGCUGGCUAAGAAUCUCAAUGCUUCUUUGUGGAUUGGAAUGAACAAAGCCGAGACUAAGGGGUAUUUCAGAUAUAUUGAUGGAUGGCACAUGAGCUUUAGUCACUGGGGCUACAAUGAACCAAGCUCUGACAAACCUUGUGUCUAUGUGGACGUAGAUGGAAGAUGGUACACUACUUUCUGUAACCAGACCAUGAACGGUGUUUGUAUGAAGUCUCAAGACGUGCCACCAACAGACUCAAGUGCUUUUCCGGGAGUUUGCCCUGAAGACCCAGAUCCAUUGGGCGAAGACCGGAACACCUUCUGGCGACCAUUUAAGGGUCACUGUUACAUAUUUUUCAAUGCAGCAAAAAGUUGGUCACUCGCAGCUACUAGCUGUCAAGGACAUGGUGCAACACUAGUCAGCAUUGAAGACCCCACUGAGCAAGAAUUCCUUGAAAAUGCAUUAACAAUGUUUAAAGACGGACAUCCCUCUUUCUGGAUCGGCCUGUAUAAAACUCACAAAGGGGAGUGGUUGUGGUUGGACAAAACAGUCAUGGACUACACUAAAUGGGGUCAAGAUGAACCGAAUGACCACACCCAUGGAGUGAUUAGUACUUCAGAUGGGACUUGGAAGACAGAACGAUGGUCUUGGUAUUCUAGACCCUACAUCUGCAAAGCAGCAAAAGUAAUGCCGACCUCGAUAUCACUACCAUCACAACAGGAACCUGAACUUCAACGUCUUCGUGGCCACAUCAUUUUGGCAGUUGUGCUGAUCAUUACUGGGCUUGCGAUGGGAACGGUCAUUGCCCUCUUCAUCUUCAAGAAAAACAGUCAUCGCUUACCCAUCCUUGAAAGGUUAACCAACUUUGAGAACCCACUCUUCAGAUAUUCACAGUCCCAACCUGAUGUAGCUGACACCAGUAAUCUGGUAGAGAAUGCAGAAGAAGAGAACCCUGAGCCUCUUAUCAUAACCAUAUGACCUCCCAUUUACCUUAUUUACUAUUAUUACCAUUAUUACUACUGUGGCAUGGUACUGCAUUGUGCAAGAGUUAUGAUGUCUAAUUAACAUUGAAGAAAGCAAUACGUCCUGUGGCUUCUUGGCCUCUCCAGACUCCUAAUUGAUCUAAAUUUUUCUUGUAUUUUUAUGCAGUUUUAUGUGUGCAAAACAAUAAAUAUGCAAACCUGACUCAAAAUAAA